AUGAGUAACUUGUUCAAAUAUGUAUUGGUUGCUGGGAAGAAACUCAGGUCUGCACUGGUGACCAGAAAGCAAGACCUGCCAACGACUCUGUGUUCGUGGCCGUCGUCGUUUCUCACUCUAGCACUCUUAGGGUUUUCAAACUGCGUCCCCGGAUUUUCAGAAACCAAGCCCUUCACCGAUUCUGUGUUCUUCGCCGUCGUCGUUUCUCACCCUAAUCCGUUCAGGUAA